AGAGUCCCUACUAGUUUGUGCUCUUCUUCUUCUCAGAUUACAUGCUCUUCGAAUUUUCGAUUUUAUUGGGAUUCCUAGUGCCACGUGGAGAUUCGAAAGGAAUUUAUUUCGUCGAGGAACGCAAUGGAAAAACGUAUACUCAACCGCUGACUGGACAGGCCACCGACAAAAUCGGGGAACAAAUCCGCGAGCUCUUCAACAUCGACAUAAAUCCAAAUGGGCCAGCUGUGAAGGCUAAUAAUUAUGUCUCAACUUACAUGAAACGCUUAUACAAGCAAUUGGAAAACUAUGAGCAUGGAGAAAAUCAUAACGAAGAGGAGGUGAACGCGUGGCUCAGUGCUGACAGAAUAGUUUCACAUAUGGCACAGGAAGUAUCCCAUCGCCUUGACGAUGGCUCCUACAGUAUCCGAUUCGCCAAGGAGCAUGUUCCAGCAAAAGAGGGACAAUCCAUAGUUCGAGCUCAACUUCGAAUCCAUAUUCAGGGAAUUGUCUCACCAGUCUUUUUUUACAUUGAGGACACCAAUCUUCCUGGAGACACAGUUCUCGUGUCAUCUGAUGAUCCGACAGUGGUCACUGAUGUCACUACAAUGGUCGAUAGAUGGUCACACUUGCAACUCUCAACACUACCAAUUGUGACGGCUAGAGCUUCAACAAAUGAUGAGCUUAAAAUCGAGGCAUUUCUGGUGAUCGCGUUGAAAGACGAAGACGCAGGUCCACCAAAAAAAAGAUCCCGUAGAUCCGCCUCCACAACUCCAAUCUCCGCACCUCCCAUGAGACAAAAAGUAAAACGAAGUGAAUCCGCUUACUUUGAAAAACCCAACGAAAAUGAACGGUGCCAACGUAAAGGUCUUUAUGUCGACUUUGACAUUCUCGGCUGGAAACAAUGGGUUAUCGCACCAGAAGGGUUCAGUGCAUUUUAUUGCUCCGGUGAUUGCUCUGCACCAUUUUCAAAAGAAAUGAAUGCCACGUCACACGCUAUUGUACAGUCAACUCUGCACAGAGUACGCCCGAAUUCGACGACUCCGGCGAAAUGUGCCCCGUCGAGUUUGGGAUCCUACAAGAUUCUUUUUGUAGAUCAAAAUAAGCAAGUACAGAUUAAAAGAUAUCGAGACAUGGUUGUAGAUGAGUGUGGGUGUCAUUGAGAAGAAGAAUCUCAAAUUAAAUUUUAUUUAUUUAUUCAAGAGCGGGUAAACAUUUUCAUAAACAUUUUGUCAGUU